UGACGCGUUCGCGGAGCGACGGCGUCGCCGUUUGAUGCGGGCGGGACCGAUGGGCUCGCAGGAGGUGCUCGGGCAGACCACGCGGCUGGCAUCCUCCAGCGCGCUGCUGCAGGUGCUGUUCCGGGCGGUCACGUUCGCGCUCAACGCCUUCACUCUGCGCUACCUCUCCAGGGAGCUGAUCGGUGUGGUCAACGUGAGGCUCACUUUGCUGUAUUCAACGGUUGUCUUCCUGGCAAGGGAGGCGUUUCGCAGAGCUUGUCUGAGUGCAAGUACAAAGAGAAACUGGACCAAAACAAUUAACCUGUUGUGGCUGACAGUCCCUCUUGGUGUUUUUUGGUCGGUUUGCUUGGGCUUAGUCUGGCUACACUUGCUCGAAGUACCUGAUCCUUCUGUGGUUCCUCAUUAUCAGGCUGGUGUAGUAGCAUUUGGUCUUUCUGCAAUUAUUGAACUUCUGGGAGAGCCAUUCUGGGUUUUAGCACAAGCUCAUUUGUUUGUGAGACUUAAGGUAAUUGCUGAAAGCCUUUCAGUAGUGUCAAAAUGCAUUUUGACGGUUAUUUUAGUAGUCCUUUAUCCUCAAUGGGGCCUCUACAUUUUUUCCUUGGCUCAGCUUUUAUAUACCAGUGUGCUGGUACUGUGCUACGUUAUUUAUUUUGUGAUGUUUUUGGGAUCUCCUGAAGCAACAAAGAAGUCAUUUCCAGUUGCUAGAAUGAAAGCUUUAUUGCCCAAUAUGGUGGAAGAUGAGACCUUUGUUAACUGGAAGGAAGCACGGUUGACUUGGAGUUUCUUCAAACAGUCCUUCUUGAAACAGAUUUUGACAGAGGGUGAACGGUAUGUGAUGACUUUUUUGAAUGUGUUAAAUUUUGGAGAUCAGGGUGUCUAUGAUAUCGUGAAUAAUCUCGGUUCACUGGUGGCCAGGUUUAUCUUUUUGCCUAUUGAGGAGAGUUUUUAUGUCUUUUUUGCCAAAGUGCUAGAAAGAGGGAAGAAUGUAAAGGAUCAGAAGAAGGACGAUGUUGCUAUGGCUGCAAAUGUAUUAGAAUCACUGUUAAAACUUGUGCUUCUGACUGGCCUUACCAUCACGGUUUUUGGCUAUGCCUAUUCUCAGCUGGCUCUGGAUAUUUACGGAGGUUCAAUGCUCAGUUCUGGAACCGGUCCAAAUCUCCUCCGAUGUUACUCAUUAUAUGUCCUAUUUCUUGCUGUCAAUGGAGUAACGGAAUGUUUUACGUUUGCUUUGAUGUGUAAAGAAGAGGUGGACAGGUACAAUUUUGUUAUGCUGGCCUUGUCUUUCACAUUUCUGUGCAUCUCUUACUUCUUGACUCACUGGCAUGGCAGUGUGGGCUUUAUUCUUGCCAACUGCUUUAACAUGGGUAUCCGAAUAGCUCACAGCAUCCACUAUAUCUAUGAUUACUUCAAAGAAAGCACUUGCAGACCUCUGAUGGGCUUGCUUCCCUCCCCAUUUUUGGUGCUCGUUUAUAUCAUAAGUGGAGUGAUCACUGGUGUCUCAGAGGUGUUCUUCUGCUGCGAUAAGGGUUGGAUGGCAAGGCUGAUUCACAUCGGCAUGGGCGCUCUGUGCUUUGCUGCAACCAUCGUUACUAUGUUCUGCACAGAGACCAAGCUGAUCCACUUUGUCAGAAGCCAGUUCCUCUCCCAGUAUAUGAAGAAAGGAACAUGAAAUGCUCAUGUGAAGAACAGUUCUUGUAUGUGCUUGCAGUAAAGGGCUGUAUUUUUUCCAUAAGAUCAGUAUGUGUCCUGGGUUCUGCAGAGAGAUUGAGUUGUUGGUGUUCUGAAGUGUAAAGCAGUGUGCAGGAAGUUCUGAUGUGUACAACUAAAUGAGUGGGAUACCCAGCAUGUGUCCAUGCUAGCUGUGGAAGAUCAGUUCAUUGAGCAGAUUUAUUUAUGAGGGUGUUAAUUGACUUGUCAAAAAUAGCUGAAAGAGAAAAGGGAUUUUGAGCCAUGUUUGACAGAAGGUGUUAAUUACAGUCACA